AUGGAAAAUAUUGAUUUUACAAACUUUCAAGUACCUGAUAUUCUUAAAUUACAGUCAAUAAUAGGUAAAGAAAAAGAAAUCACUUAUAAACUUAUUUCAUAUCUAAAGUCAAAUGCACCUAUAUCCCCAGAAAUACUUCCUAUUUGUACACUUUUGUUAAUAGAAAACAGAAGCAGUACAAUAGAAGUUAUACAGAAUAUAUUGAUUCAUCACCCACAUCUUGUACAAGAUACUAUAAAUGAAUUACAAUCAAGUAAGUUUUAUAAUCAGCGAUGCGCAGUACCACAAAUAAUUAUUGAAAUCCCCGAUACAAAAAUGUAUCUUAAAAAAGCUUUUAAUGAUAACAUAGGUGUAGUUGUAAAAGAGGCCUGUUUAUCACUACAGUUCUAUGAAGCCCUCCCAUUUUCUGAUAAUGAGUUAUUGGAUAUUGCCUUAGCGUUAAAUAAUCAUCAAUAUGAUUAUAUUCAGUGUCUUGUUCCUGAUGUUUUAAUUUUUAUUAAACAGAAGACAUUUCUUAUGUCAGAGAUAAGCCUGUCUAAGUCAUGGAGAAAAAGACUUAGUCUGGUAAAAAAAGUAUCUUACUUCAGUUUAGAAGAUAGAUACUAUUUAUAUAAUACUUUAUGUAAAGAUCCAGAAGAAUCUGUUAGAAUAGCUCUUGUCAAAGAAAUAGAUUGUCUUACUGAUUUUAAAAAAUAUGCUGAAAUUUUUUUAACUGACACCAGUGAGAAUGUUAGAAGUUUAAUGGUUAGGAAAAUAGGAAAUAUGUAUGAUGAUUUACUAGAUAAUAUAGUAAAUGACCCGUCAUGGAUAGUGAGGAAAGAGCUUCUUUGUAUUCAUCGUGAAGAUAUUUAUGAGAGGAUAAGUCUACCAAUAAUUAAUAGUCUACCAAAAAACAAUACAUGGAGAGUUAAAAUAGAAAUAUUAGAAACAAUAUCCCAUAUUCUAAAUUUCAACGAUGUGUUGGUUCAAAGAUGUUUAUUAGAUAUUCUAUUCAAAUAUUUAACAGAUCCUGUCUAUGAAGUAAGAAAUAGGGCAGGAGGUGUAUUAAAAGAUUUAAUAAAUAAAGCGGAAUGGAGUAUAGAACUCCAAGAAAGGUUAGAGUGUUUAUUACAGUCGUCUUAUUUAGUAAGGAUUACAUUAGUGGAGGCUUUUAAAGAAUUUGAUAAAAAACAUGGUACUAAAUUUAUUAAAAAUUUACUUAAUGACAAAGUAAUAAAUGUGAGAAUUAAAGUACUAAGUAUUUUAAGUAAAGAAGAUCUCGAUGAUGAAAUAAAGGAGAUUAUAAAAAAUAUGGAGUGUAGUGAUAUGUACAUGAAAGAAGAAAUUGAGAGAUUAUUAAAUUUUUAA